CUCACUCCUCUCUCUCUCUCUCUCUCUCCCCGAAGAAACAAAGCGAAGCUCGUGCGCGCGCGCACGGGAGAGAGAGAAGGGAUCGGCGGCGAUGAUCGGCGGCGGCGGCGGCGGCGGAGGACUCCGGGGAGGGCGCGGGCUCCUCCUCCUCCUCCGCCGCAGCUCCUCCGCCGCCGCAGCCGCGGCGGCGCUCUCGAAACCCUACCUGCGAAGCACGGUGACGCGCACCACUCGAUCCCCUCGCUUCUCACGCUCCUCCAACUACUCCUCCACCCCAUCGUCGUCGUCGUCGUCGUCGUCGUCGUCGUCGUCGAUCGCUUCUUCUUCGACUACCGCUGCUGCUACAGCCAAUCGCAAUGGGCUCGUGGGGUGGUACCUCGCCAUGAUCGAGUCGCGCCCCGUGCUCACGAAGAGCCUCACCGCCGGGGCCAUCUUCACCGCCGCCGAUGCCUCAUCGCAGAUGAUAACUCGAGGUCCCGAUGAUUCUCUUGAUCUGAUAAGAACCAUGCGGAUGGCUAGUUAUGGAAUGCUGAUUUCAGGACCGUCAUUGCAUUUAUGGUUUAAUUUUGUGUCUAAAGUUCUUCCUAAACGAGAUGUAGUCACUACUUUCAUGAAGAUGUUUCUUGGGCAAACCGUCUAUGGACCUAUAGUUACUUCAGUUUUCUUCUCGUAUAAUGCGGCAUUACAAGGUGAGACAUUUCCAGAAAUAAUUGCCAGGUUGAAGAGGGAUCUCAUUCCCACGUUCAUAAAUGGCCUUGUGUACUGGCCCGCGUGCGAUUUUAUAACUUUCAAAUUUAUCCCCGUCCGUCUACAGCCACUGGUGAGCAAUUCGUUCUCGUUUCUUUGGACAAUUUACAUCACAUACAUGGCGAGCUUAAAGAAAGCGAGUGUGGAGAAGAUAACUGAAGACUAAAUCUACAUGGUAGAGACUAUUAACUGAUCUCUUUCCUUUCGUUGAUUUUUGCACGAAGUGCCAAUAUGUUGCUGUGGGAUUAUGACACUUUGCUUUUCCUUUUGUUUUUAGAAAGAAACACCUGUUGUUUGUAUACUUGCUGAAAAAAUGACAUUAUUCUUUUAGAAUCGAAAAAAUAUUAAGGAAAAUGUUGUUGUCCUUUGUA